AUGGGCCACAAGUUCCUCAACGACCCGGGCUCGGCGGUCACCGAGAUGCUGGAGGGCUUCGUCCAGUCGCACCCCGGGGUUAAGCUCCUCGACGGCUUCCCCGACGUCAAGGUGGUCGUGCGAUCCCACGUCGACAAGAACAAGGUGGCGCUCGUCUCUGGAGGGGGAUCGGGCCACGAGCCCGCGCACGCCGGAUUCGUCGGGGACGGGAUGCUCGACGCGGCGGUGUGCGGCGACGUGUUCGCGUCCCCCUCCGUCGCCGCGGUGCUCGCCGCCAUCCGCCACGUCACCGGCCCGCCCGGAUGCCUCCUCAUCGUCAAGAACUACACCGGCGACAGGCUCAACUUCGGCCUCGCCGCCGAACGCGCAAAGCUCGAAGGACUCAACGUCGAGAUGGUCGUCGUCGCCGACGAUUGCGCGCUCCCGCCGCCCCUCGGCGUCGCCGGACGCCGCGGCCUCGCGGGCACCCUCUUCGUGCACAAGUGCGCGGGCGCUGCCGCGGCCGCGGGCGACGCCCUCGACCUCGUCGCCGAGGAGGCGCGCGCCGCGGCGUCCGCGGUGGGGACCAUGGGGGUCGCGUCGGCGGCUCACAAAUUACCGGGCGCCGACGAUCCCGCCAGGGCGAUCCCGCCCGGGGAGCUGGAGAUGGGCCUGGGGAUCCACGGCGAGCCCGGCGCGUUCACCGCCCCGGCCGCGCCCGUCGCCAGCGUCGUGGCCAAGAUGCUCGAGACGAUCGAAAAGACGAAGGUGUGCGUCAUGGUCAACUCGCUCGGGUCGACGCCGGCGAUGGAGCUGCACGUCGCCGCGAGGUGCGCCAGGGAGUGGCUGUCUUCGCACGAUCUCAACCCCGUCCGCGUGUACACCGGCUCUUUCAUGACGGCGCUUGAUAUGACGGGUUUUUCCAUCACGCUGUGCCAGGUGGACAGCGCGAGGCUCGCGAGGAUCGACGCCCCGACCGGCGCCCCGGCCUGGCCGGUCGUCGCGCGGACCGUCUCCGUCCCCGUCCCGCCGCCGAAAACGGAAUGCGGGGCGCUCGCGAAGAAGGCCAUCUUGGGCGCCGCGGAGAUGCUGAAGAUGGCGGAGGACGAGCUCACCGACGCGGACGCCAAGGUUGGCGACGGUGACUGCGGCACGACGCACGCGAGGGGCGCGCGCGCGCUCGAGGAGGAUGUCGUCUACAUGCCCCUGGACGAGCCGUCCGAGCUGGCGCUCGCCAUCGGCAUGACGGUUCGAAGGAGCAUGGGCGGAACCUCCGGGGCGCUGUACGACAUCUUCUUCUCCGCCGCGGCCGCCGCGAUGAAGGGCGCGCCCGCCACGUCACCCGCCACGUGGCUCGCCGGUUUCAAGGCUGGAAUCGCGUCCAUGUCGCGGUACGGCGGCGCGAGCGAGGGCGACAGGACCGUGCUCGACGCCUUACUCCCAGCGGCGGAGGCUGCGUCGAAGGCGAUCACGCAGAGCGCGGGCGGCGCGUGGGCGGCGUCCGUGGCGGCGGACGCCGCGGAGAAGGGCGCGGCGGCCACCAAGGAGAUGGUGGCGUCCGCCGGGCGAAGUUCGUACGUGCCGGUGGAGGUGAUGAAGAGCGUGCCGGAUCCGGGGGCGACGGCGGCGGCGGCGUGGAUCAGGGGCGUCGCCAUCGCCAUCGCGUGA